AAAGAAUGAGAGAGUAUUGUGGCAGCUGUGCCACAGCUUCAGACUCAAGCAUUUCAGUCAUCUCAGAUGCAAGGCCCUAACGUAAAGGGCCUUGUUCAAGGAGGAGAAAUAGCAGGGAACUCCUGCCACUCCCACAAGAAAGGUUUGGUUCCUGAGUCCAGGAGAAGGUUACAUGGCUGCACAGCCCAGGCAAAGUUUCUUCUCUUGUAGGUUUUAUUCCUAUUUCCAAGAAAAAUAAAGGAUGGUGGCCACUUUCCGAUUUGUUUCUAUGAUUUGGUGCGUCCUGUUCUUUCCGAUAUGGUGUGCUGACUUUGUAUAUACAGAGUUGAUGCCAUCAUCCUCACCCAUUGCCAACUUGACAUUCAGUCACACAAACCAAGUGCUGACUUGGGACAGCAGCCUCACUGGUAUUGACUACAGCUGUUAUAUAAAAACAAGUCAGGAUUACAGAGAGGAAGAGGUGUCAGAGAAAACUUGCAUAUUUAGCACAAGUGAGGCUAUCGCUAUACAUAAGGGGGCAAUAUUGGGAGUUAAAGGAACAUACAAUGGCACUGAAUAUUCAGAAGAAAUCAGAUUCAUUCCCCCAGGCAAGAAUGGAACACGUGUUGAAAAUUUCUCCUGUGUGAUUUACAAUAUUUCCUUCAUGAAUUGCACUUGGGAUGCUGGCAGGAAAGCUCCAGAUGAUACCCAAUAUUUUCUUUCAUUACAGUAUGCAAGGGAAGAACGUGUAGUAAAUUGUCCAUAUUACAUAAAAGAUGCCCUUGGGAGAUAUAUCGCAUGCAGUUUUCAACAUGUGACAAUAAUUAAUGAUCCAGUUUACUUCCUGGUGAAGGGGGACAGCAAUGAAUCGGAGAUUCAGUUUUAUGAUGAGUCCAUCAAACUCUAUGAAAUUGAAAAGUUAACUCCUCCAGUCAAUAUCACUGUAAACUGUUCCGAAGACGAGUCAAGGUGUAUCAUGCAAUGGAAACGGCCCCAGCUAAGCCAUGAAGAAGGAGAUAUAGACCAUUGUUUUCAGUAUGAAAUUGACAUUCGAAAUAAGAAAACUGACGCCAAUCCUGAGGAAAACAAAACUGAGCUUCCUAUGGCACGAGGAACACAUUUCACAUUUCAGAAUUACAAUGUGAAAAAAAAAUACUCCUUGAAAAUCAGAGCCAAGGGAGAUGCUUGUCUCAUAAGCGAAAAAUGGGGGGAAUGGAGUGAGACCAUUGAGUUUGGUAACCCAGAGGAUGAAGUUCUUAUGUAUACAAUUGUAUUACUUCUCAUAGCAUUUGGAACAAUCCUAAUGGCAGUGAUCAUAUUUUUUCUAUGCAAAAGGUGCUGCAGUUUGAAAAAAUUGUUUCCUCCUGUUCCACAACCAAACAAUAAAUUUUACGAACUUCAGGGAUCUGAUAAAAAUACAAAGGAAUGGAUGGAUCCACCACUAACAAAAUAUGAAAUUGAAGUAAUAACUACUGUUGAAGAAGUUGCAUAACUUACCAAAAGCAAAAUGAAGCAAUUGGAAUCCCCAAGCUGAACACCUACAAAUCCCAAGGCAAUGUUGUACAUAUUCUACACUCACUCCCUUUCUCUUGCCUACAAAUAUUACUUAACACUUCUCUGACCCUGUUUUCAAUUUCGUAUACAUUUUGGCAAAUUUGGACAGAUGGUUUUCCAUGCUACAUGUCUUCAUGCAUGAAUAUUCUUGGCAUGUGUCAGAAAAAAUAAUUCAGAAAUUUAUUAAAACAACUCUAUGGAAAAUAUGUUAUUUUGCCCAUAUUAAAAAAAAACCCUCUUACAACCUUUUAAUUGAGAACCUCUAGGACUUCCCUGCUUUGGAACUGGUGGAAAUUCUCUAGAGGUGAAAGGAAUGUUUGAUUUAUCCAUCUUUAUGAGUAUGAGCCCAAGUUUGACCAAGUUAUUAACUGUUGAAAAAUCACAGAUCAUAUACGCUAAGUAGAGGCUUUUUAAAGAGUCUGGCAGCCAAACUCUCCUAGGUCUUCGUAAAAUCAUAGAAUAUUAGAAUACUAUAACUGGAAGGGACCUUGAAUGGUCAUCAAGUCCAGUCCCUUGCCCUCAUGGCA